GCAAACUUUCAGUUCGAGAGCAUUGUGGGAAGCAGCCAUGGUCUGAGGCGGGUACCUCACCUGUCAGCCCGCGCCGGCUCCUGCACUCCGCUCUGGCCCUCCACGGUACUGCUCUCGCCGCUCGGCACUAGCCAGGCUGGGGAGGCGGAGGCGGCGGCCCAGCCACCAUGAUACAUUUCAUAUUGCUCUUCAGUCGACAAGGGAAAUUACGGCUGCAGAAAUGGUACACGACUCUCCCUGACAAAGAAAGGAAAAAGAUCACCCGGGAAAUUGUUCAGCUUGUUCUCUCUCGGGGUCAGAGGACAAGCAGUUUCAUUGACUGGAAGGAGCUGAAACUUGUUUAUAAAAGGUAUGCUAGUUUAUAUUUCUGCUGUGCAGUGGAAAAUCAGGACAACGAGCUCCUGACACUAGAGAUUGUGCAUCGUUACGUGGAGUUGCUGGACAAGUACUUCGGAAAUGUCUGUGAGCUGGACAUUAUCUUUAAUUUUGAAAAGGCUUAUUUUAUCCUGGACGAAUUUAUAAUAGGCGGAGAAAUUCAGGAAACAUCCAAGAAAUCAGCUGUCCAAGCCAUUGAAGAUUCUGAUAUGUUACAGGAGACCCUGGAAGAGUACAUGAACAAGCCUACGUUUUAACCGCCCGUCUCCCCGAAGACCCGGAGAGCCUCCCGUCGCAGACUGGCCAGGAAGCAAUGCCUUGCCCGCGUGAUGGGACAGAGCCUCCGGCACCAUGCCAAAAGUAACUCAAAAGGGAUGUUUUGUUAACCGGCAGAAAUUUAAGUUGUUUAACAUAAUAUAUUUAUCAUUAUUCCAUGUCUGUAUUAUAUUGCCUAUGAUUACUUAUUAUAGCUCUGAAGGUUCACAUAACUGCCUCAUAAUGCAGGAGACUGAACAUUUGUUUGCAACGUAUUAGCUCCGUGUAAUAUUUUAAGCUAAUUUAAAUACAUGUGUUGUAGUACAAUUUUGCUGCAUUUGGUCCUCUACUGACAGGUUGAAAACUGUACUGUAAUAAUCCAUGAUUUAGUAUGUAAAGUAGCAAUACUUUUUUUCUAAAUAUGUGGCUUUUAAAAUUUAUACGAUCAUUCAAAAUUAUGUCAACAGUCCAGAGUUUAUACAUAAUGCUAGACAUUUUUAAUGUACUUAAUAAUGAUGUAAUUUCAGUCCAGAUACAGGGUAUCUGGUUUUAAUGUCCUGAAUUUAUUUAUUUGUCAGGGUUGGAGUGAAGGAAGAUAACCAAAGUUAGUAUAGGGGUGAAGCGUUUUUGAUGCCGUGGAAACUGCUCUUGUGAGAGGUUUUCAUUUUACCUUUUCAUUGAAUAUAAAAAAAAGCACAAUAAGGAUGUGUGUUCUACAAGCUCUGUACAUUGAUUAAGGUUUUUAGACAUCUGGAGAUCCAGUGUCUAUGACACUGUAUUAUAAAAAUAGUAUAAUAGAGGUUAAUAACAAUAGUAAUAAUGAUUAUUAUUACUACUCUUAAUAAUUUUUUAUAUUUCAAGCACUCUUAGUUGCUUGAGAGAUUUUGUUUCAACUAUAUUUUAAUAUAUUUCUAAGAUAUGUGAAAACUUAACUGUUUAUUAGGUUGACUUAGAGCAUUUAAUACAGGGUGGGUGACAGUAGGUUUCUAGUUGUUCAUAUGGAAAAUAAUACAAUAGUUAAUAACUAAUAAUACAAGAGUAAACUGUUUCACGUACUCACAGCUGUAAACUACUCUUUCCCCACCCUAUAUUAUUGCUCUAUGGUGGACGCCUUUUCUCCUUUUUCUUUCUUCACCUACCCCAAAAUAUUUGCUGCUGACCAUUGUUAUAAUAUCACAUUCGUGCUUCCGGGAAUGGAAACUCGAUGUCACCAGAUGGUGAAUGUGAUCAGACAUGCGGGGAAGUAGCUGGUAAUGUUUGUCUCACUGCCCCACUUUUGACGUCUUACCCGCGCAUGUGCAGUGUAAGUGCUGAGCUGCGGUGUUAACACUCACAGGAGUGGGUAGGGACCCUCGGGUGCUUUUACUGAAACUGUGAUUUCUGUUGGGGUCUCUAGGAGAUCCAAUAAGGGCUGACCUUCAGAGAACAUGAGCUUCUCAUUGAUUUCUCUUACCACAGACAUUUAGGGAAGAAUGGCAAGGCAGGAGCAGAAGAAUGGAAGGAAAUAUUGACCAGUGCCUUGAUAUAUAACCAUUAUGAAACGGAAAAGACCUCAGAUUAGAAUGUGAAGUAACUAAUGUUGGGCUUUCCACAUCUAAUGUUCUCUCGAUUAAUCGUGUAAUUACAGUUAUGGCACCAGGUUGGAGUUUAACUACCAUUUGUGAUCCCUUUGCCUAUGUAUUCAGUUUGUGGUCUAGCUUUUUUGUUGUUGCUAUCAAUGUGGUAGAACUCUAUUUUUUAAAAAAAACCCAGUUUUUUAAAGAUGGACUUUGCACAUCAUUUUCUACGUGCUACGUAUUCUGGGGAAUCCCGUUUUAGGCCCUGGUUAGCUAUAGUCAGGGCUCCUCAGGCUUCGAGCCAGUGUCACCACAGAGAAUGGACAGGAUCCAGGGUGGCAUACCGGGGUAAAUGUGAGGGAUUUGGGGACAUCUUACAUGGGCCUGGGUGAAGAUAAUCAUCAUGUUUUCUAUAUGUUAUAUGAUUAUAAUAAAACUACCAAGUGAAAGAAAAGAUAAUAAAUAUUAAAUUUUGUAAAGACUUCUGAAUAAAAUGUUUUAAAAUUUUUAA